AUGACCCCAUACCCAACGACUCCGAAGGGAGAGAACGAAGCGACAAUGUCAAUGACGGAGUCUCCAACCUUGCGUAUCGCAGCUUCCCAGGGGCCGGGAGGAGGCGACCUGUUGUACCCAUACCUUCGAACGGCGAGGCCGAUAUACCCGGCCAUUCCCAUAGCGAGACACAUCAAGCCGCUCGGAGAAAGAGUGAUGCCAAUUCCAAUUUACGACAACCCUCCGAGGCGCCUAUCGCCAUUGAUGCGGACAACUGGUCUAAAAGUCGAGGGCCCAAGGGUCCCGCCCCCGCGACAAAUGAUGGUUUCAAGCAGGACGAGACCGGGUCUCGACCCGUUUCCGAAUAUCACUACCAUAGCCACAGACAUAUCCACCGGCGAUCCUCAUCCCCUAAGGCCACUCCGCCUCCGCCCAAGACCUCAGCCGCCCGAUCAACGGAUGAUGACUCGUGGCCAAUAUGGUUUCCGCCCGAGACCGCCUCCGUCAGAUGGUACAGACAUCAUCAUGAACACUGCCAUGAAUAUGAAUACCGACACCAUGAUGUCGAUUCCAAUACCAAGGAUCACGCCCAGAGCAAUGACCCGUCCUCCACUGCCCACAAGAGCAGAAGGGAUCUACGGUGUACCCCGGACCGCGCCUACCUGCAAUCGGUCAGACCCGAUAGACGUGGAUGCUCGACGUCUAUGGAUGCCGUCGGGCGUAGAGAUUGUGACAAGAGAAGACCUCGGCGUAGCAGAGAAGAAUCUCAUUCCGAAACCCCUAAAAUCACGUUUACAGCCCUUCCAAGGCCCAACAAUGUUGAACGACAUAAAACUGGAGCAGGCAGAAAUGAAUCCAGGCGGCCUUGGCCUGAUGAGGAAAUGCAGCAAUUGCAAUCAUGGCUUCGUGGGCGUCGAGCUUCACAAUACCGAUAGUGUCACCCCUACGUCCGCCCUCCAGAAGAACGUCGACAAACCAAGCGAGGGUACUAAGUAUUUGCAUCCUAAAGGAAGCCUGCUUCCAAGACUACCCCAAGACAGAGCUCCACAACAAAAUUCACAGGCCCAACACGAGAUAUUGACUCACUUACAUAAGAGUGUCGCAAUCGACGAUGAACGCGAUCAUACCAUUUGUUGUCCCGAAUGCUGCAAACUGGAUUGUCAUGAAGGUUGCCUCGGACAUCCCAGCCCAACACGCGCAACUAGUCCUACAAAGAGUCUUUGGUCAGGGGCCCAAAGCUCAACCAGUUCCAGUGCACCAGAAGCACAGGAAGAGGUAAAGGCGGGGGGAACUGAAGAGAAGGGCAAGUUCACCCAGCUGGCUGCCAUCAAGUCUGUCCUAAAGCGGUCGCCAAAAAAGGAAGAGGAACCCAAGUCUGGCAAUCAUAUUCAGGUAGCCUUGUCCAAAGUUGCUCCUGUUGAGUUGUCCAUGCAGCCGCCGCUUCCUGCAAUAUCCGCGCGUUACAACUCGGUCAAACGGUUGCCUGACGCGGUAUCUGCAGCAUUGAGCGCCAUGGAGCUGUUAUCGCCUAAAAGAACGAAAGAGACACUGACGGCAGCAUUCAGUGACAUCGGACCCUCACAACGAAAAGCUUCUGCGUCGCGCCCCAUAAUCCACAGAAGGCAGAGAAGUUCAAGCUUGCCCAUUCUGGGGAUUGGCGUCACUUCACGCAGCGGCAGUGGAAACGCUCAAUAUCAGCGUGCCACAAGCGGAGGGUCUCGGCUCCGCGUCCCAUCACCUCUUGGGUUCGUGAUGUCUUGCUCUAACUUCAGUAAGGAUGGCUCUUGGAGAAGCCGCAAUGUCAGUAGUGCGAGUAUCACGACCAUCGAGCUGCAAGUCCCGAGUCUUGCGUCUCUCACUGCCUGCGGCAGUUAUGCUGCCGUUGGAGAUGUGCUUCUCAUACCCCUUCAGGCUGCUAUGAUGUGGAUUCGCAACCACCCCUGUAUCCUCACCUUUGGCAGGGAAAUGGUCCAAAGAGCUUGGAUCAUGGCGCAACUCAUGAUGAGGACCGGAUGGCGACUUUGGGCAAUGGUAUUUGUGUACUCCAAAACUGGAAAAGUCAAAUUUCACGUCAGUAAAGGCGAAACGGCGGGUGGAUUUGUAUUGGACGUGGCGAGGAGUCUGCUUUACUUAAUCACCUUUGCUGCGAUGAGUACCCUUGUUAUCAGGAUAUUGGGGCUGGUGAUGGGGUUGUUGGGGAUCAUUGGAUGGUUUGUACGGGCUGUAUUGUGGGUGUUGAAGGGUAUUAUGGGGGUUGGGCAGGCGAAGUAA